UUUGCCGGCGUCUGUCAAGAAAUCUUGUUACAUUUUAACGACUUUUCCUGUUUUUAUUUGAAAUUCCGGCAAAGGAAAUUAAACACACUUUUUUACUAGGAAAAUUGCUUAAUUGGAGGCCUUGUAAUUAAUGUUUUUCGACAAAAACAUGGAAGAUUCUUUCACAGAAAGGCUUUUGCAAAGUUUGAAACGUGCAAACGAAGGAAUCCUGAAAGCCAGUGAACAAACUAUACUUUCCUCCAAAAUGAAAGACCUGCCUAAUUCUGUUAAAUCAGAAUGGCUUGACGAAGAGAAACUCCUUAAAGAAUUCAGGGAAGCAGUUCAGGAAUUGAAAAUUGAUGAAAAACAUGAUGCUUUGAAGAAGAUCAGAAAUGUUAAAGACAUAUGUGUUAAGAGAAAAUCACAUCUGGAAACAAAGUAUGAAAAAAUUGAUAACAAAGUAGCCGUUUUACAAUCGGAAAUACCAGAAAGCUUAGAACAAUUGGAAAGUAAUUUAUCAGCCCAUGAUUUCAACGAAGAAAUUGAAAUCUUAACGUGAAUUAUUCUUGUAAAUCGCUUUGGACUUGGCUUAAAAGUGUUUCGUUUUGAUGAUGGUAAACAGGAUAUAAAAAUUUCAAUUCUUCAAGCUCCUGACU